AUGCUUGGACUUAUAGAUCAGACGCUCGGUUCUGUUAUGGAGUAUGUUUUGGCGGACUAUCAAAUUGACAGAAUCAAAGUUUCAUACCUUUUUCUCGUGAGCACCUUUGGAUAUGUGCCGGCCAGUUUCUUAAAUCACUUUCUAAUAUACAACUUUGGUCUUUUCAAAGUAUAUCUUUCUGGAGUUGUAUGUCUCUGCGUUGGUUGCAGUAUAUAUGGACUUAAAUCUCCUUAUUUGUGUCUUAUGUUGGGAUCUUUGAUUAACGGAUUCGGCUCAGGGUUGACAGACUGCUGUAUCAAUAUUUUUAUUGGUAAUCUAAAGCACUCAAACCAGCUUCUAGGUGUUAUGCAUUCUAGUUAUGGUUUGGGUUGCUUAAUUAGUCCUGCACUUGUCAUAAAUCUUAUAAAUAGGGGGUUUCCUUGGCCACAUUUUUACUUCUUGAUAGCUGCGGUGGGUCUUGCUAACUUUGCCUGCGUUUGGUUCUCUUACAGUAAUGAGACCAAAUGGAAGUUUAGAUAUGUGUCCGAUUAUGAUAGAAAACUGAAUGGUGAUAAUGGAGAUGAAACCACCGCCUGGGAGACCAUUCAGAAUAAGUACGUGCUUUUCUACUCUUUUGCAUUAUUCGUUUACAUAGGUAGUGAAUUAAGCGUCGGCAUUUGGUUAUUCAACUACGUUUUUAAUAUAAAGCGGGUCACUGAACAAACGGCGUCUUUCAUUACUAGCGGAUACUGGGCCUGCGUGACUCUUGGGAGAUUUUUCCUUGGCUUUGUCACUGGAAAGUACUUUGAUAGACUGGAAGUUCGGGCCAUCAUUAUUUAUUGCAGCUUGGUGGUGAUUUUUUGCUCAGGUUUUUGGGCUUUAAGUGCAAGUGUUGUUGCACAAACAGUUUGCAUUUUUGGUAUGGGAUUCUUCGUUGGACCGCUAUUUGCUACGAGCGUGGUUAUUGCUCUUCGCUCUCUUCCUCAAAGGUACACCGUUAGUGGAAUAUCGCUAAUUGCAGGAUUAGGAAGCGCUGGUGCUGCCGUGAUACCUCCUAUAAUGGGCUUUGUCUCUGAGAAAUUUGGUGCCGGUCAUGUUGUUUUGAGUAUCGAAAAAAUUACCGUAUUUGAAAAGUAUGUCAUGAUGGCAACACCUUGA